AUGGCCCGUACCAAGCAAACGGCCCGCAAAUCCACCGGUGGCAAAGCGCCGAGAAAGCAGCUCGCCACCAAGGCGGCGAGGAAGUCAGCUCCGACCACCGGAGGAGUCAAGAAGCCUCACCGUUACCGCCCAGGAACCGUCGCCCUCCGUGAAAUCCGGAAGUACCAGAAGAGCACGGAGCUCCUGAUCCGGAAGCUCCCUUUCCAGCGUCUGGUUCGUGAGAUUGCGCAGGAUUUCAAGACAGAUCUGAGGUUCCAAAGCCACGCCGUCCUGGCUCUGCAGGAAGCGGCCGAAGCGUACCUCGUGGGUCUCUUUGAAGACACGAAUCUUUGCGCUAUUCACGCCAAGAGGGUCACGAUCAUGCCGAAGGACAUCCAGUUGGCGAGGCGUAUUCGAGGCGAGCGUGCUUGA